AUGAAGGAAUUUUACAAAUCUUUGAGUGAGUGCAGCAUUAAACCAGUCUGUCCUAGUUUAAUCCACCUGUAUUCUAAUUUAUUCAUUUUUAGCACCAGGAAUAUUAAAGCAGUCCCCAAUUUCUAUUAUAAAAAGUAUCUUGAGUUGUCUUACCCUGAUCUUCUCAAGGAGUGCUACAAAGUUGAUUUGAAAUUAUUGGAUGAGCAAUUGAAGGCAAUUGAAAGGGACACUGCCAAUCAAGCUAAACAAAGCCCCUUUUUUCAACACAGAGCUUGGAGGAAAGGUGCUUCAAAAUGCAGUGCAGCAAGCCACACAGAUCUAUCAGGGCCAUCACAAUCUCUAAUCAAAGCCAUAUGUUAUCCAAGUAUGUUUCACUUCACAAUAGCAGCCGCUGAACAUGGUUAUAAACAUGAGGCACAAGCUAUUGCAGCGUACAAGAAAACCAUGAAAGAGAUUCAGGUAAACUUUGUUGUCAUAAAAUGUGGCACAAGUAUUUAUAAGAAGUAUCCAUUUUUUGCAGGCAACUUUAGAUUUUUUAUGUGA